AUGGGUAAGCGCAGCUCUAAAAGCAAGAUUUCGACAUCAAAGUCAAGAGCAUCCAUUUUUGAUAACCCCGAAGAACUCGAAAGAAUUCAAGAACGAGAGAAGGAGCUUCGACUCAAGAAGCGAAAAGAAAAAGAUGUUGAUCAGACUCAAACUUCCAUUGAUGGCGAUGACGAUAAUAUCAUGGAGUCCGCAUUUCCAUUCAAUUACAUCUACCUCACACUAGAUGUCAUUCAGCAAAAUAUGAAUUUGCUCCGGUUCAUCCAACUUAUGUGUAUUGGGUACAUUGCUGAAUUGAUGUACUUCAACCACAAGAAAUUAACCCAAAUUGAUGAGGAGUCCUGGAUGAUGAUAGGAUUCAAUAUUUUGGGAGUCGUUGUCAGUAUCGCUUUGGCAUUCUACAAGGGUGACAAGACAGUCAAAUCGCUUCCUGAGUUCAAUCAGAUUUACCUGAUUUUUAUCCCAACGUUGUUUUCGAUUUUGCACUUUGAGCAUGAUUGGGCUGUUAAGGUUUUGAGUCUCAAUCAUCUAGCAUCCGAUAAGCUACACCCGUUUUUUUCUGGUUUGUCAGCAUUAGUCUUCCAUCAAUCCUUCUCAAAAAGUGAUGAAGAUGUCUUAAAGUUCAUUCAAUUUAUCACCUUUUUUUAUUUUUGCAAUUGGGCAUUCCGCAAUGCAGGACUGACCUCCUUACUGACUGCUGAAACGCAUUUGAUAUCAGUUAUGUUGACUAUCUUGACAUUUCACCGAAAGUUGGUUCAUCAAUACUUGCCUUUGAACAUCUUUCGUGUGUUGGUGGCUAGUUUUUUCAUUUCAACUCUUAUAGUUUCUCAGAUUUACACAUGGGUGCCACAUGUCGUAUCAAUUCUCACUUGGAGUUUAACUUUCUAUGGCACAGUGAUUUAUCAACUUGAUUGGAUUUUGGGCGAAAAUGCCAUUAAGUGGUUAUAUGGUUUCAUUUUCGAAGAGGAGAAGAACCUCCAAAUCUUUGGUUUUUGGUCAGGGUUUUUGGCCAUUGUUGUACCAACGGUAUUUUUUAUACAGUCUUACUUGACUGUCAAUGCCCGACGCAAGGUGUGGCAUAUUUGCCUUGUUGUUAUAUUGAUGGGGUCACCACUGAUACUAACGACCAAUGUCGAAUUCACGCUUGUCGCUUUGUUGGGCACAAUAUUCAUCUUUGCAUUGACUGAAUUGAUUAGAUCUCAAAACGUGUCACCAUUGGGUCCAUGGCUCCGGAAAGUAUUGGCACCAUUCCAAGAUGAGAAAGACCAAGGCGAUUUGAGCCUCUCUUACGUCUAUCUCAUUGUUGGUGCUACUAUACCCAUCGUUUAUGACUACAUGCAAUAUGGAGAAGAUGCCUCCAUCGUAAGAUACCUCGGAGUUAUUGCUUUGGGGUUGGGUGAUUCAAUGGCACUGAUUGUAGGACGAAGAUUUGGUACCUGGAAAUGGAAGGGGUCGAACAAGUCAGUACAAGGAACCGUUGCGUUUGUUCUGACGGUGUUAUUGACAUGUAUUGGGCUCAAUUAUUACAUGCAGCAAUUCCACGAGGUGAGAUAUGUCAAGGUAUCUAAUUGGGAGAAUGUUUUGGUGGCUGCUAUAAUCGCAGGUGUUAUAGAGGGUGUGUGUGAUAUCAACGACAACUUUUUGAUCCCGUUGAUACUUCCGGGCAUAGUUUCUUUGUUGAAUAUGACUUACACUGAGGCCUCAUUCAAUUUGGAAGCUACAAUGAAAAAACUUUGUGGUUUAUAA